AUGGGGGACAGCGAGAAAGUCCACGCCGCCCACGAGGAAGAGGCCUCCACUGCCGAAUUUGCGCGGCAAUGUGCACAAACGUGGCCGGAUCUACUGUGCCGCGGCAAGCCGCAGGAGGUGGGUGCCACUACUGAGACCGUUGCAGUCAGCGAGGCCGAUGCCCACACCAUCAAGGUGGACGUCCUGCGAACUCGAGGUGCGCAUCCAGCGUUUUCUACCCCGGAGAUGCGGGGAAGACUGCAGGAGUUGCUCACAGAGUUUUGCAUUGCGGAGGGCGUGCGCUACAUGCAGGGCCUGCACGAGGUUGCCGCCGUGUUCGCAUACAUCGAGGCUGCGGGCGGCGGUUUUCAAAGUGGCAAGCCACAGUGCCCAACGACGUUGGAAUGCUUCAAGAUGUUCACCCAGAACUUCAUGCCGUGCUUCUAUGACGGGGAAGGUUUCGUGAUCCUGCACAUCACGCUGCUCUUUUUCCGUCAGCUUCUGCUGUAUCAUCUUCCGCACUUGCACAACCAGCUCGAAGAAGCUGGGGUUGCUCCAGUAGUGUAUGCAACACCAUGGUUCAUCACAUUGUUUGCCUACAAGACGCCGCUGCAAGUCUUGCUCAGGCUUUGGCAUCGCUACAUACGUCGAGGGGAUCCUACUUUUGUGCCAUUUCUUGCGGUUGCUGUAAUGGAGCUUGAAAAGCAAGCCUUCCUCGAUGCAGAGGAGGAUGAUUUGAAUUUUGCCGUUGACCGCACCACCAUCACCUCGGUGGAGAAGCUACAGGAUGUGUGGGCUGCUGCAGAAAGCUUGCACGCAAAGACUCCGAAGUCGUUCUCGUUUAGAAUGUCCCGGGUCAUUGCGCAGGUCCGGGAGCAACUUCGCAAGAAAGGCUCCGGCCAUCCGUGGGCCGACAGUGUUUUGGCUCGUGCGGAGCAGGAGCGCAGGCUCGUGGUUCUCGCCAGGGAGGUGUUGGCGCAGUUCGUGCGUGCCUCUGAUCCAGCGUUGCUGGACUCCGUGCAGGCCGUGCCGUCCGGGCAGCUGCCAUCUCUUCGCUUGCUGCUUCUGGACGUUCGACCACGUGCUGCCUAUGAAACUGAGCAUCUGCCCCAUGCUCUUCAUUUUCAUCCACCUUCCUUGCAACGCCUAGCCCAGGUCAGUGCCGGCAUGAAUCGGCCUCGAGCAGAGCGACUGGCAGCCGCCCUGUCCAACGCCAUUGCCGAGGUAGGGGGUCUGGUUGGCGCACGCAAAGAAGCGCCGGAGGUGAAGGCCGCAGACAGUUCGUCGGACAUCGGAGAGACCGCAGCCCUCGGUGCAGAAGUGUUCCAGGAACUGCAAGCGGCUGCAAGCGAGGCCUGGGGCGAAGGCUGGAUCUCGGAGUCCGAGAGUGCGCACCUGGCAGUGCUGGGUGGUGAGGCAGACUGGGACUCUGCCCAGCUUUGCAAGACAGUUGGGGGCGGGGUUGUCGCGGCCUUGUUCGAGGCGCUGACGGGGCAAGUCUCUUUGCCCCGAGUUUCUGUGGUACUUGGCGGAGCUGCAGCGCUGCAGCGUGAGGCAGAGAAGCGUGGAGUGAAGUUGGAGAGCUCCGCUGGCUCGCCGUGGAAGAGCGAGUCUGCUGGGUAUCCUGGCAAUGUUCGAGGCAUGCUUUCCGGAGCUUUCAAAAGUCUUCGCCAGCGUGCACAACAAGCCCAGCAGGGCAUUGCGCAGCAGAUCCAGCCGAAAAGCCCAGAUGCCACGUAA